GUCGUUCUAGUGUUCCGAACUGGAAGCUAGCGUGACUGCAGUAAAAUGAGGAGAAAAAGCUACAUUAGCAAACAGUCCUGAGCGUUCUUCUUCCUCUCAGUCGGCGGUUCUAAUCUGGACCCUAGUGGACACCAUCGACUGAGGCUGCUGGACCACAUCGGAGGCUCGGCGCUGCUUCCUGGGGGAUCGACAUGACUGCGGCCGGUGUUGUGCACAACACCGGCAAUAAUCCCUCCACUGCGCUCAACUAAGUUGCUGGCAUGGCGACUCCGUGGAGAGAUGCUUACUAUGAAAUGGACCAUCUACCUCCACUGCUGGAAGAUGAGGAGAACGUGUCUCUCGCAGACAUUCUGUCUUUGCGGGACAGCUGUCUGUUGGAGGAGGACGUGUGGGCAGUAUGUGCAGAGUGUGUUCUGGCGCUGCAGAGCAUUCGACCCUCUCAACUUUUUCACACGCUGUGCAUCACACCAGAUACACUGGCCUUCAAUGCCCAUGGGAAUGUUUGCUUUAUGGAGCAGCUGAGCGAUGAUCCAGAAGGGUCAUUUAUACCGCCAGAGUUUGACAACACGGGCAGUACAUUUGAGGGACAUGUUUUUUCUCUAGGUUGUACUCUUUCUGCUGCAGUGAACUUUGUGAUUGAACCUGAACUGGAAUCAGAGUUGGAGGAAGAGACACACAACUUUUUGGAGAAAAUGCAGCAGAAGAAGCCAGAGGAUAGACCACUUAUUCAGGACAUUCUCUCUGUGGCUCGAGCACGGCUGCACCACUGCUCAUCUGCAGCUGUGUGCCGCAAAUUGUCUUCAGUUGGACGGCGUGUGCUCUCUAUCGAAUCAGUAUCAAAUUGUCAAGAUGGCCAAGAUAGCUCCUGGGAGGCAAGAUGGCAGCAUCCCAAACCCGGAAGACUGUGUGUAGAUUUUUUUAGCAAAGAUAUUUCUAUAAACACUUCUAUCAAGGCAAAUGGUUUGUCCAGACAACAGGUAUGUGUGGGCUGGGACUCCUCUCUUUGUGAUGAGGAUGCUGACAGUGGAGACGGAUGCUGCGCUGGUUUGACAGAGCUGGAUUGCCGCUCUCACAACAACUCCCCAGUGAGAAGAAAAGCUCAGCAGAAGUUCCACAGGGUUAGGGGGGUCUUAAAUCGCUCCUGCUCUGUGCCCGACUCCAACAACCCGCCUUGUACCACUCCUCAACCUCAUGCAAAUAUCAGUGUACCUGUAUCAGACCUCACUGAAAUUGGAGCAGAUGAACAUUUGUGUUCCAAGUCUAUAUGGAAUAACAGACCCCCAAAAAUAACCAGAGGAAGGUCCUGUGAGACUUAUCCACAUAUUAGUGCAGAGGAUUGUGUGAGCUCAGUAGCUAUCAGAUCACGAAGAAAAAAUGAAGAUGCCAUGAAGUCUUUGUGCUGUGGAGAAACCUAUUUGCCGUACUGUCAUGAAAACAAAUUUAAAGAAAGAAAUCAGAGUUCAGCCUUCUCCUGGAUGGAUGUAAAGCAUGAGGAUGCAACCCCAAAGAACCACAAGCCCUAUGUGCCUAACUACAUGACCAAAAGCAUGUUGUUCCUCAAUGAAGAAUCACAGGAUGAGUGGGUCUCACUAAAGAAGUUACUUACUCGUGGCCUGAAAUUGAUGGUGAAUGAGCUGUGGGCUCUCUGUUACACGUGUCUGACAUCACUGCAGACCUACAUUGACUUUCCAGCUUAUUUAUCCCUGGAUACUAUGCACAUCAGCUCUCAAGGAGAAGUGCUUUUCUUGAGACCUAAAAACUCUGGCUCUCUGGAUGAUUUCUAUCUGGCUCCUGAAUAUCAAGAACAUAGAAUUGUAACUGAAAAGGCUUGUGUUUAUGGUGUGGCUGCUAUCCUGUGGACCACGGCAAAGUCCUGUUUACCACCCAGUCAGAAGCUUGUAGUUCCUCACAAACUGAAGAGACUUCUGCUUGAGAUGGCGAAGAGCACUCCCAUCGAGAGACCUUCCAUAGCCAUGGCUAAAAAGAGCUGUUGUGACUACUUAACGUGUCAAGGGACAAAUCCUGAUGAUGUGUGGAAACAGCUCAUCAGCAGAGUUCACCCGCCAGUCCCAAGAUGCACUUACGGAGAAAAAUUGGGUGCAGCUAACACGAGGCAAACUUUGUUUAAAGAGACUCCACAUUUCAGCAGUGCUUUUCAUUCAACGAUGGGCUUCCAGAAACCUUUCCAUCUAAAGCCACACACUUCACCCCCAUCCCCAUCUCGCCGCGCUCUUCUUCUGAACACAGACAUGGACUGUUUGGACGCAAGGAUCACAGAGGGAAGAGACCACUCAGCUGGGGCCAGCAAUGACAUUUUCUCUGAAGCUGAGUGUCAGUCCCAGGUAAAGAAAAGGUUGCAUGAUGUCUAUGAUGAGCAGAUGGGUCCAGACUGCUCAGAAGAGAUAGAGCAGAGUGAUUCUCUAAUAUCAGAGGAAAAACUCUCAACUGGAUCCAAAGCAGAUGGACCAUACUUGUACUUCAGGCCCACUUGGGCCCUGGCUUUCUUUGGAGAGGACUGUUUUAACCAAGAGGUGAUCCAGUAUGCUUUAAGUCUCGGCCAGUACACAGGAUCACCAUGUCUGGCUGUGAAAUCACAGGAGCUGCAACAGCAGCUGACAAUUGAAACAAAGACUCUCAAGAAAACAAGGAAUUUCUAUCAAAAACUAUGUCGGCAAGAGAAAAAAAAUAAAGGUUCAGAGAACAAAGUGAUGCUGUCCAAACUCAAGUCUGAGCUUGACGAACUGAGAGCUAAAGUGAUCUUCUUGGAUGAUGUCAAAAAAUACCUCGAGACUCAGAUUGUGGCUCAGUGGGGUUUAGACGUGUCAUUACUGCCCUCUUUGGCUAAAUGUGGGCCAAACACUUUGACUCUCCAAAGCUCUGAGGACGCAUCUGUUUUGACCUUUACAACUUGUAAAGGAAAAAGACAUCUGCAAGCUGGACCGCCUCUCGGCCUCAUGACAUACCUUUAUGCAAGAAAUGCUGCUUCGGAGGGGUACAUCCAGCAGUUCCUGUAUACAUAUCGCUUUUUUUGCACUCCGGAGCAGUUACUACAGUUUAUUAUGGAGAAAUUCAUCAGUGCUGUAAGAGGAGGUCCAGACAUGUCAGAAAAUAAUACUAACAUUUUUCACCGCAGUUUGGACCUGCUACACUUAUGGAUUACAGACAGUAAACUAAUCGACUUCACACCAAAGUCCACCAUUGUGGAUGUUUUAGAAAACUUUCUUCAUACUGAGGUAAUUCCUGUAGAUUGUCAAGGGGAGGUCCUUCUUGCUGCUCUUCACAGUCCUCCAAGACCACUUUGGAGCACAAGUACAGGGAGUCACAUUGGAAUUGAGGCACAUGUUCAAUCUCUUUGUAUCCAGUCAUUUACAGAGGAUCUCGAGAAAAUGUGGAGAACAGUUGUGCAGCCUUCAACGUCCAUGACAAAAGAGAAGGCCUUUUCCAUCGCGUCAGCCAUGCCAGUGCCUCGCUGCCUAGUGGAAGAUCCUUGUAGAAUUUGCCUCUGCCGUGAUGAGCAUCUUCCGUUCAACCAGAAACAGUACACUGCACAGCAUGUAGCCCAGCAACUCACUCUUAUGCAGCAGGCUAUUUUUCAAAGAUGCCAUCCAGUUCAGUUCCUCAAUUCUAGAAUACAUGGCAUGAGGGACGAGCCAUCAAGGCAUAACAACACCUCAAGUAAUGGGUCCCAGCCAAACUCACUAGCAAAGAGAACACAUGAGGGCAUGCCGCCAGAAUCUUCCCUCCAGCAGCUGCUCGUUCACGCUGACAGAGUUACAAAGUGGGUAGCUGGUGAAAUAGUUAGCUGUGAAUCGGUCAAGGCACAAGAUGAAUUGCUUAUAAAGUAUCUGUUGAUUGGGAAACAUUGCUACGAAUCCAAGAAUUUUGCCACAGCCAUGCAGGUCCUUGGAGGUCUGGAGAACAUGACUGUCAGACAAUUACCAGCUUGGAAAUAUCUGCCAUCCAAGAUGUUUGAGAUCUUUGAGGAGCUACAAGCCGUGCAGGUGUUUUUGAAGAGUGACGACGUGUGUCUGAUGGGGGAAGAACACACGAGGAGACGACCCACCCUGCCUUCAGCACACAUCCUGGCCAUGCAUGUCCAACAACUGGAAAUCGGAGGCUUCACGCUCACGAAUGGAGCUUUCAAGUGGACCAAGCUUAGGAGCAUUGCAAAGGUGGUGAGUCAGAUCCACGCCUUCCAGGAGGUCCUAUACACCUACAACCCAGAUCAGGACCUGCAGGCUUACCUUUGCUGCCGCAUCAUUCGGCUCGGCACCUCUGACGUACACCUCUUGGCCUGCGCCAAUGAUGCUAACUUGGAGCAGUCCACUGAGUGUCAAACAAAGAAGGUUCAGAACGCUCUGAGAAGAGUUAAGGCCUCCCUCCAGUGAGUCUUGCCUUGACCAUGCCUCGGUGACUAUGUUUACACUGCAGGCCACAGUGAACCAAAUCGGAUUUUUUCCCAGCUGACUGCACAUGAACUAAAAUGCUAUUUAUCAGACUCCAGUAUAAACCCGCACAGUCCCUGAUGUGGCCCCAAUGUGGCCUCGACAUCACUUGCAUGCGCAAUUCAAUGAAGUGAGAAAUUUGACCAGAUUCUGUAAAUGAACAAGUUGCUACUACUACUACCAUUACUACUUUGUGAAGUAAAAGUAGUCACACCUUAAAAAUUUGGGAUUUUUUUUACAUGAAAAUAUAAUAAAGUAAUAAAAUGUAUGAAUGGA